UGGUGCUGCCGCUUCCGGUCCGGGUAAAGGCUGCUGAGGUAUGCUGCAUGGUCUGUGUCGGGCCGGGACAGCUUUCUGAGGGCAAGUCACCGGGUCAAGAGGCUAGCACCGGCGUGUAGACUCAGAAGUCUAGAGUCUAGUGGUAAGAUCGGAACAACAACCAGGAACUUGAAUACGAUCUAACCUCUGUUUCCGAGGGGGUAACUUCAACGGGGAACCCCUCUGCCCUGGUAACGGCCAAAGAGGAGAUGGCGCCAGUCAGGGAGCGGCCGUGGCCGACAAAGUGAGGAAGCGCGAAGGCGGAGCAGCCGGAGAAGCCUCGGGAGAAAACACCAGAGCCAUCGCUGCCGCCACCGCCGCUACCACCAUGGAAGGAGCAAAGCCGACAUUGCAGCUCGUGUACCAGGCAGUGCAGGCGCUCUACCACGACCCAGAUCCCAGCGGAAAGGAGCGCGCCUCGUUCUGGCUUGGGGAGCUGCAGCGUUCGCCUCUUUGAAAUGUGCUGCUAGUGGGAGCUGCAGCUUCCUCCUGCUGACUCUGAGCCCCAGGCUUCGGUUGAGAUGGUCCUUUCAGAAAUGUGGAGCUUAGUCCAAGCCUGGAUUUCAGUGGGUAGCACCUGGCAUCUGUGGCUAGAAAGUCCUAUGAAGUGUUCAUGCAUGGGAGAUUUCAGACCAGUUGUUACAGAUCCGGCAAGAUGUGGAAUCAUGCUAUUUUGCUGCACAGACCAUGAAAAUGAAGAUUCAGACCUCAUUUUAUGAACUCCCCACAGACUCUCAUGCCUCUUUACGGGACUCAUUACUAACCCAUAUCCAGAACUUGAAAGACUUGUCACCUGUCAUUGUAACUCAGCUGGCUUUAGCAAUAGCAGACCUUGCUCUACAGAUGCCUUCCUGGAAGGGAUGUGUACAAACAUUGGUAGAAAAAUAUAGCAAUGAUGUAACUUCUCUGCCUUUUCUGCUGGAAAUCCUUACAGUGUUACCUGAAGAAGUACAUAGUCGUUCCUUACGAAUUGGAGCUAACCGGCGCACAGAAAUUAUAGAAGAUUUGGCCUUCUAUUCUAGUACAGUGGUAUCUCUAUUGAUGACUUGUGUAGAAAAAGCAGGAACAGAUGAGAAAAUGCUUAUGAAGGUCUUUCGCUGUUUGGGAAGUUGGUUUAACUUAGGAGUUUUGGACAGUAACUUCAUGGCUAACAAUAAGUUACUAGCACUCCUUUUUGAGGUUUUGCAACAGGAUAAGACCUCAUCCAACCUACAUGAAGCUGCUUCAGACUGCGUAUGCUCAGCUCUGUACGCCAUUGAGAAUGUGGAAACCAACUUGCCAUUAGCCAUGCAACUUUUUCAAGGAGUCCUGACGUUGGAGACUGCCUAUCAUAUGGCUGUGGCACGUGAAGAUUUAGACAAAGUUCUGAAUUACUGCCGUAUUUUCACUGAACUGUGUGAAACUUUCCUUGAAAAAAUUGUUUGUACUCCAGGCCAAGGCCUUGGGGACCUACGAACUCUAGAACUGCUUCUUAUCUGUGCAGGACACCCUCAAUAUGAGGUAGUAGAAAUUUCCUUUAACUUUUGGUACCGACUAGGGGAGCAUUUAUACAAAACUAAUGAUGAAGUUAUUCAUGGCAUCUUCAAAGCUUACAUUCAAAGGCUGCUUCAUGCCUUGGCUCGCCACUGCCAGCUGGAACCAGACCAUGAGGGGGUUCCUGAGGAGACUGAUGACUUUGGGGAGUUUCGGAUGAGGGUGUCAGACCUGGUGAAGGACUUGAUUUUCUUGAUUGGGUCUAUGGAGUGUUUUGCUCAGUUAUAUUCUACUCUGAAAGAAGGCAACCCACCCUGGGAGGUGACAGAAGCGGUUCUCUUUAUCAUGGCUGCUAUAGCAAAGAGUGUUGAUCCGGAGAACAAUCCAACACUUGUGGAGGUCCUAGAAGGAGUUGUCCGUCUCCCAGAGACCGUACAUACAGCUGUGCGAUACACCAGCAUUGAAUUGGUUGGAGAGAUGAGCGAAGUGGUUGAUCGAAAUCCUCAGUUCCUUGACCCUGUGUUGGGCUAUUUGAUGAAAGGACUGUGUGAAAAACCUCUGGCUUCUGCUGCAGCCAAAGCCAUUCAUAACAUUUGCUCUGUCUGCCGAGACCACAUGGCUCAGCACUUUCAUGGACUCCUAGAGAUUGCCCGUUCCCUUGAUUCCUUCAUGUUGUCUCCAGAGGCUGCUGUGGGCUUGCUAAAAGGGACAGCACUUGUCCUAGCCAGAUUACCUUUGGAUAAGAUUACUGAAUGUCUUAGUGAACUAUGUUCUGUUCAGGUUAUGGCAUUGAAAAAGCUGUUGUCUCAGGAGCCCAGCAACGGCAUAUCCUCAGAUCCCACUGUGUUCUUAGAUCGCCUUGCAGUGAUAUUUAGACACACCAAUCCCAUUGUGGAAAAUGGACAGACUCAUCCGUGCCAAAAAGUCAUACAGGAAAUAUGGCCAGUUUUAUCUGAGACUCUAAAUAAGCACCGGGCUGAUAAUCGGAUUGUAGAACGUUGUUGCAGAUGCCUCCGUUUUGCUGUUCGCUGUGUAGGCAAAGGAUCUGCAGCCCUGCUGCAGCCACUAGUCACACAGAUGGUGAAUGUUUACCAUGUACAUCAGCAUUCCUGUUUCCUGUACCUUGGUAGUAUCCUUGUGGAUGAGUAUGGCAUGGAAGAGGGCUGUCGACAGGGACUACUAGACAUGCUCCAGGCACUGUGCAUGCCCACCUUUCAGCUCUUAGAACAGCAGAAUGGGCUCCAGAAUCACCCUGACACUGUGGACGACCUAUUCAGGCUAGCCACCAGGUUUAUUCAGCGUAGCCCUGUUACCUUGCUGAGGAGCCAGGUUGUCAUCCCUAUCUUACAAUGGGCCAUUGCCUCUACUACCCUGGACCACCGGGAUGCCAACUGUAGUGUCAUGAGGUUCCUACGAGACCUCAUCCACACAGGGGUAGCCAAUGAUCAUGAAGAAGACUUUGAAUUACGGAAAGAACUGAUUGGACAGGUGAUGAACCAGCUUGGACAGCAACUUGUAAGCCAGCUGCUUCACACGUGCUGCUUCUGUCUCCCCCCAUACACCCUACCAGAUGUGGCCGAAGUGCUCUGGGAGAUCAUGCAGGUUGACAGACCGACUUUUUGUCGAUGGUUAGAGAAUUCCUUGAAAGGUUUGCCAAAGGAGACAACCGUGGGAGCUGUCACAGUGACACACAAACAACUUACAGAUUUCCACAAACAAGUCACUAGUGCUGAGGAAUGUAAACAAGUUUGCUGGGCCUUGCGAGACUUCACCAGGUUGUUUCGAUAGCUCAUACUCCUGCACUGUGCCUGUCACCCAGGAAUGUCUUUUUUAAUUAGAAGACAGGAAGAAAACAAAAAUCAGACUGUGUCCCACAAUCAGAAACCUCCAUUGUGGCAGAGGGGCCUUCACCGCCACCAGGGCCUCCCGCCAGACAGGGAGAGACUCCAGCCUUCCAAGGCCAUCCUGAGGAGUUCCUGUUUGGGGGUGUGAGGGAAAAUCAGCGCGGUUUAAAAAAGAUGGCUGCGGCCUGUGCAGCGUGGUGGGAGGUGAGCUGGUUUCCUGGUGAACUUGUUUCUAAAAGGAAAAAUAAUUUUAAAGAAAUAAAAAAAAAAAAAAAAAGGAAAACUAAA